CUUAUACCCCCACCAAACCCCUCCAGAACCAUGGCCACCCCGCUCAGCGACCAGGACAAGCGGAAGCAGAUCAGCAUCCGCGGCAUCGUGGGGGUGGAGAACGUGGCGGAGCUGAAGAAGGGCUUUAACCGACACCUGCACUUCACGCUGGUCAAGGACCGCAACAUCGCCACGCCCAGGGACUAUUACUUCGCGCUUGCGCACACGGUGCGCGACCACCUGGUGGGCCGAUGGAUCCGCACGCAGCAGUUCUACUACGAGGCGGACCCCAAGAGGGUGUACUAUCUGUCUCUGGAGUUCUACAUGGGCCGGGCCCUGCAGAACACCAUGAUCAACCUGGGGCUGCAGAACGCCUGCGAUGAGGCCAUCUACCAGCUGGGCCUGGACAUGGAGGAGCUGGAGGAGAUGGAGGAGGACGCCGGGCUGGGGAACGGAGGCCUGGGCCGCCUGGCAGCGUGUUUCCUGGACUCCAUGGCCACCCUGGGCCUGGCGGCGUACGGCUACGGCAUCCGCUACGAGUACGGCAUCUUCAACCAGAAGAUCCGGGACGGCUGGCAGGUGGAGGAAGCGGACGACUGGCUGCGUCACGGAAACCCCUGGGAGAAGGCGCGGCCCGAGUACACGCUGCCCGUCCACUUCUACGGCCGCGUGGAGGAGACGGGGGACGGGCCCAAGUGGGUCGACACCCAGGUGGUCCUGGCGAUGCCGUACGACACGCCGAUCCCCGGCUACAUGAACAACACGGUGAACACCAUGAGGCUGUGGUCGGCCCGGGCGCCCAACGACUUCAACCUCCGGGACUUCAACGUGGGCGACUACAUCGAGGCCGUGCUGGACCGGAACCUGGCAGAGAACAUCUCCCGGGUGCUGUACCCCAACGACAACUUCUUCGAGGGGAAGGAGCUGCGUCUGAAGCAGGAGUACUUCGUGGUGGCGGCCACACUCCAGGACAUCAUCCGUCGCUUCAAGACCACGAAGAAGGGCAGCCCGGCUCGCACCUCCUUCGAGACCUUCCCAGAAAAAGUGGCCAUCCAGCUGAACGACACCCACCCCGCCAUGGCCAUCCCCGAACUCAUGAGGAUCUUCGUGGACAUCGAGAAGCUGGACUGGGACACGGCCUGGGACUUGACCCGCCGAACCUUCGCCUACACCAACCACACGGUCCUGCCGGAGGCUCUGGAGCGCUGGCCGGUGGAGCUGCUGGAGAACCUGCUGCCCCGACACCUGCAGAUCAUCUACCGCAUCAACCAGGCGCACCUGGACAAAAUCGUGUCCCUGUUCCCGAAGGACAUGGAGAAGAUGAGGAAGAUGUCCCUGAUCGAGGAGGACGGCUGCAAGAGGGUCAACAUGGCGCAUCUGUGCAUCGUGGGCUCGCACGCCGUCAACGGCGUCGCCCAGAUUCACUCACACAUCAUCAAGACCGACAUAUUUCGUGACUUCAACGAACUGGAGCCGGACAAGUUUCAGAACAAGACCAACGGCAUCACUCCGCGCCGCUGGCUGCUGCUCUGCAACCCCGGGCUGGCGGAGCUCAUCGCCGAGGCCAUCGGGGAGGACUACGUGACGGAGCUCAGCCAGCUACAGAAGCUCAACGACUUGGUGGACAACGUCACCUUCAUCCGCGACGUCUCCAAAGUGAAGCAGGACAACAAGGUGAAGUUUGCGCAGCACCUGGAGAAGGAGUACCGGGUGAAGAUCAACCCGUCCUCCAUGUUCGACGUGCACGUCAAGCGGAUCCACGAGUACAAGCGGCAGCUGCUGAACUGCCUGCACAUCAUCUCCAUGUACAACCGUAUCAGGAAGAACCCGAAGGCGCCGUUUGUUCCACGGACUGUGAUAAUCGGUGGGAAGGCCGCCCCCGGGUACCACAUGGCCAAGAUGAUCAUCAAGCUCAUCACCUCGGUGGCCGACGUGGUGAACAACGACCCGGCCGUGGGAGACAAGCUGAGAGUCAUCUACCUGGAGAACUACAGGGUCUCGCUGGCAGAGAAAGUGAUCCCGGCCACAGAUCUGUCGGAGCAGAUCUCCACCGCCGGCACGGAGGCCUCGGGGACGGGGAACAUGAAGUUCAUGCUGAACGGAGCGCUGACCAUCGGCACCAUGGACGGGGCCAACGUGGAGAUGGCCGAGGAGGCCGGGGAGGAAAACCUCUUCAUCUUCGGGAUGAGGGUGGAGGACGUGGCUGAGAUGGACCAGAAGGGAUACGAUGCCAUGUCGUACUACCGUAAGAUCCCCGACCUGAAGGAGGUGAUGGACCAGAUCACCAGCGGGUUCUUUAGCCCCCAGAACCCCGACCUCUUCAAGGACCUCACGGAGAUGCUCUUCAAACACGACCGGUUCAAGGUGUUUGCAGAUUACGAAGAUUACCUGAAGUGCCAGGAGAGAGUCAGCCAGCUCUACCAGGACCCAGUGGAGUGGACGAAGAUGGUGAUCAAGAACAUCGCCGCCACGGGCAAGUUCUCCAGCGACCGGACCAUCGCCGAGUACGCCACCGAGGUGUGGGGGGUGGAGCCCACCGACCUGAAGAUCCCGCCGCCCAGCGAACCCAGGGAGGCCAUCGAGGAAACGGCCAGAGCCCUGAAGAAGCUGUGAGGCCGGGCGUAGCCGCGUCGACGUAGCCGCGUCGACGUAGCCGCGUCGGCCGUCCUCCGGCGUUUCCAC